AUGCCGCUGGGAAGGUACUACUGCGAUUACUGCGACAAGCAGUUUCAAGAUACCCCUUUGGCCCGGAAGCGUCACCUCGAGGGUUCCCAGCACCAACGCGCGAAAGCCCUCUGGUAUGCGUCCGUCCGCUCUGCUGAAGUCGACAGUUCUGGGCCUGGCGCCGGGGCUUUCGGAAAGGGGCUCCCCCCAGCCGGCUUCUGUAACAAUUUCGUUCGGACGGUGAGGGGAAUCAUCAAAUAACUAACCCUUGUAUCGAUUUUCCGCGGGUUUCCGGUUUGUUAAUUUGCCACUUGAAAUCUGCAAUCUAUUUUGGGGAUUCGUUCUCUGAUUUCCCAUGGUUUCUGUUCAUCAAUGAAGGGAUUUUGUCAGUUUGGGGAUGGUUGCAGAUACUUCCAUCCGUCGCGGAAUCUGCAAAACGCGAAUCAAGUGAUCCCGGGUAAGCGUUUGGUUCUUGUCCAGGGAAAUAUUUUCUCCCUCUAUUUUUCCUAUCUGCCUCGUUCCUUAGGACACUUUUGAGACGUGAUUGUCUGUCACUCUUUGCUUUCUCGUUUCCAUUUACCGUAGACUGUAGAUGGUUCUCCGGAAGAAUAAAGUGAAUGUAGAGUUGGGGGAACAGAAUUAGGCUUCACCUUCUGCUUGUCUUUCAUCUCAUCUCAGGUAAUAACAGUUCUUGAGCCUGUGAACAGUAAAGGGCAAGAUCAGGAAGUCAAUCCUUAGGAUCUGGCUUUGAUGAACCCUUUUCACUGAAUUGAAUGUGUUCUGAAAAUAUUCAUUUUUUUAAAAAAAAUUAAAUUUGACGCCUAAAUUUACUCUUGUAAGUCAACGCCGAUUCUCGAUUAACAUAAUACGUUACAGACAGAUUCUCGAAAAGCCCCUAGUACCUUGAAGUCAAAUCCUGGAGAAAGGCAGCAUGAGUUCUGAAUUUUUUUCUUUGAAUUUACCCCCCUGGAGGAUUACACUUUCUCAAAAUCUUACUGAUCUACCUCAUUCACAAGGUUCUUUGAUAUUCUGUAGCUCAUAACUGUUGUUUUGUCAAUUACUAUGAUUUUCUUCAUGUUACCUAUUUCAAUACGGAUCAGUGAAAUCAACUUUUUUUUUUACAGGCCCAGAUGCAGCAGCUUCAGCUCAUUCAGCAUCCUUUGUGAGGAGUCAACUUAUUAGAAGUUCGUCCCUGGGUAAAUUUUUGAUCUCUAUCAUAAUUCAAUUAAACUGUUUGUCGUGCUUUUUUCUUAAGUAUUGCCUUAUUUUAAUUCCAGAUUUACCUUUUGUAUGGGUUAACUUUUCAGUGAAUAAGAUUUUAGAUAGCUUAGUUCCUUUUACGAUAGUGAUAUAGUUCCUUUCUAUGCUAUGAGUAAUGUAUGGAUGGAAUUCAGAACGUUUGAACCUACGGAUUGUCACCUUUAUUCAUUUUUCAAUCGAUUGAUAUUUUCCCUUGUUGUAACCAGGGAAUAUGACUGGUGAUCAAGUUACAGCUUCAUGGGGCAUUUUACCCCUGUCAUUGAGACCUCCUCUGGAGGGCGGCUAUCCACGUCUCCCAUUUGUUGACUGGGGUUGA